AUGACAAUUAAGAUAUUUCGCCGAGGUUUUGCACGAAUCGGCCUCAUACUUGCCUUGAUUGCUAUUUUAGUAUGUUUAUAUUACAUUUCUACUUCAACAUCUUCAAAAGAUUUACAUGCGAAGAGCACUAAACUAGCAUUAUCAAACAAUAAAACAAAUUGGUCAUCAUGGUUAAAUGCAAAUAAUAUUAAUUCUCAUAAAUCACAAAAACGAAAAGAUGUUACUGAUAACUCAGAAGAAGUUACAUCGAAUUGGGAGCAAUGCCCAAUUCUGGAAGAAGCAACGUCUGUAGAUAUAAAUACCAAAGAUGUUUUUUCAAAAUUUGAAUUUGAGCCAGAUUGGAUGAAAACAAAAGAAUAUUGGGAUAAAGAUUUUGAAUCUCGUUAUGAAAAGUUAAUGAAUGAUCAACACAGGCAACCACUAAAAGUCAUUCUUGUUCCUCAUUCUCACAAUGAUCCUGGAUGGUUGAAGACAUUUGUAAAUUAUUUUCAAUCUGAUACUCGACAAAUUUUAAAUCUUGCCGUCACAAAAUUGCCAGAAUUCCAAAACAUGACAUUUAUUUGGUCAGAAAUCAGUUUUCUGAAUUUAUGGUGGGAACAGGCACAUCCUUCAAGACAACGUGCUUUAAAAAAGCUCGUUGAAAAGGGUCAACUUGAAAUAACUACUGGAGGAUGGGUCAUGACGGAUGAAGCAAAUGUUCAUCUUUAUGCAAUGCUAGAUCAGCUGAUUGAAGGCCAUCAAUGGGUCAAAACAAAUCUAAAUUUUAUUCCUAAAAGUGGCUGGAGUAUUGACCCAUUUGGUCAUGGUAGCACAGUUCCUUAUCUUCUUGCAUCCAGUGGUUUUGAGGGAACAAUCAUUCAAAGAAUUCACUAUAGUUGGAAGCAGUGGUUUGCAAAAAAUCAGGCAAGCGAUUUUCUUUGGAAACCAUAUUGGAAUUCUGAUAAGAGUAAACAUAAUUCGAUGCUUACACAUAAUAUGCCAUUCGACAUAUAUAGCAUUAAGCACAGUUGUGGUCCUCAUCCAUUUCUUUGCUUGAGUUUUGAUUUCCGAAAAAUCCCUGGUGAAUAUACAGAAUAUUCAAUUAAAGCACAGUUUAUAACAGAUGAAAAUGUACAGCAAAAGGCUGAUUUAUUAAUGGAGCAAUAUACACGAACAGCUUCACUAUUUAAACAUAACGUAGCCUUAAUUCCUAUCGGUGACGAUUUUCGUUACAAUCACGAAAAGGAAUUUAAUCAACAAUAUGAGAAUUAUAAAAAGUUGAUAGAUUAUAUUAAUGCAAACAGUGCUACCCGAUAUCGCAAUGCAACGUUACAAUUCGGAACACCAAUUGAUUAUUUUCGAGCGAUUGAGGAGCGUCAAAAACAUAAAUUCCCACAACUUAUUGGUGAUUUUUUCGUCUAUGCUGAUAUAUUUAAUGAAGGAAGACCAGCAUAUUGGAGUGGAUAUUUUACUACUCGACCAUUUUACAAAUUAAUGAGCCGUGAUUUAGAACACAACUUAAGGAGCUUAGAAAUUUUAUUUACAUUAGCCUUUAACAAAGCACGUCAACACAAUUUAUCUAAUGCUUAUAAAGUGUAUGAAAAGAAUUACGAGAAAAUUAUUCAGGCUAGGAGAAAUUUAGGAUUGUUCCAGCAUCAUGAUGCUAUUACUGGAACAUCAAAAGUACAUGUAAUGCGUGAUUAUCUAAAUCGACUCUACGAGUCCAUUCAAGAUUCUGUGAAAUUACAACAACAGACCAUCGAAAUGCUGAUUCAAAAACCAAAUUCAAAUUUUCAACAAAAUUUUAUAAUCAGUGAAUUGGAAAGAGAUAACUCUAAUAGGUUACCAAGAAAAACAGCAAGUCAAGUCAAACCUGGCAAAAAUGUUGACUUUGUGCUUUACAACUCACUAGCACAAGAGCGGAUGGAAGUUGUUUUAUUAAGAACCACAAAAAAGAAUGUAAAAAUUAUUGAUAGUAAUGGAAAUGUACUUCCAUAUCAAAUUAAUCCAGUUUUUAAUAUAACUGAGCAUCCCGAUACAAUGGCGAGAAAGGUUGUUGUUUCCAAACGUGAAUAUGAAAUCAUGUUCAUUGCAAAACUUCCGGCAUUAUCGCUAAGUACAUUCACUCUUGCAUAUGAGAAUAAUACGAGGAGUAAAAUGGCAACAAUUUAUUGUGAAGAUUGUAAGGAUGAUGAAAAGGCAGAGCAUCAAGAAGAACAAAAAGUUGAAGAUUAUUUCUUCAAUAUUAGAACAAAAGAGUCGGGUGAUAUUCAAGUUGAAAAUAUGAAAAUGAAGUUACUAUUUAGUGAAUCAGGAUUCCUAAAAUCCAUGACUCGUAGAGACUACGGCCGACCUAUUCAAAUGGCGAUUAAAUUUGGUGCUUACAAAAGUGCUCAGUUUCAUUCAGGAGCUUAUCUGUUUCGACCAGAAUCAAGUGAUCCUCGUUCAGCUGAGAAAGAUGUUUUUGAAGGAUAUCGCGAGAAGAAAAUAUUAAUAACGAGUGGUCCAAUAUCAUCCGAUGUAACUGUCAUAUAUGGAGCUUUUAUGGCACAUACUGUUCGUAUAUUCAAAACUGACACCUAUUUAGAUACCGCAAUAUUUAUUGAAAAUGACAUUGAUUUUGAAAACCCACCGAAAAAUCGUGAAACGGAAAUGUUUAUGAGAUUCAAUACAGCUAUUGAGAAUGGAGAUGAACCAGAAUUUUAUAGUGAUCUCAAUGGUUUUCAAUGGCAGCCAAGGAAAAAAGUAUCACAAAUAGGUAUUGAAGGCAAUUAUUUUCCAAUCACUACAUCUGCAUUUAUACAAGAUAAACAAAUGAGAUUAACUUUAAUGACAACACAUGCGCAAGGUGCUGCAAGCUUAGAGAAUGGACAACUAGAAGUCAUGUUGGACAGAAGAACUCUAUAUGAUGAUUACAGAGGAAUGGGCGAAGGGAUUGUAGACUCUCGAUUAACACGUCAUCAAUUUUGGGUGACACUUGAAUUUUUCGACAACAUCAAUCGUCAAGAAUCUGGUAGAAAAAUCUAUAAUGUACCAAGUUUAAUGGCUCAACAGUUAAGCAACUCAUUAAACUAUCCAGUGAAUAUUUAUUUCAUUGAAAAAUAUGAUGAAUCUCAGCAAUUGUUGAUUCAAAAGAAUGUACAGCUUUUAAAUUACAAUCUUCCGUGCGAUUUACAUUUAGUAAAUCUCAGGACUUUAACUGAAACAAACUUACCAUUAUUUCCUUCAAGAUCUGCUUUAUUAAUAUUUCAACGUUUCGGACAUGAUUGUCGACUAUCUAAUGAUGGUGAUAAUGAAUCAUACUCAAAAUCAUGCUACCAACUUAAUGGUAAAUUCAGCAAUAUAGAAUUAUUUAAAGAAAUUGAAAUAGAAGAAAUUCAUCGAACAACUCUAACGGCGCUUAAAUCAUACGGCCCAGUUAAAUCAUUCUCCACCGAUCAAAUCGAAUCAAUGGAAUUAAGAACAUUCAAUGUUACAUUUGUAUAA